AUGGCGAUCAGCGGUGGUCGUGCUAAUGUGGUGGAGGUGACCCUGAACAUGCCAGUCACGCCUGGAGUCCUGAGGUUCGGGACGAAAUGCGCCGCCUGCCAGCAGGGCAUCCCCCCGACGCAGGUGGUGCGGCGGGCGCAGGACUUCGUGUACCACCUGCACUGCUUCUCCUGCAUCGUGUGCAAGCGGCAGCUGGCCACGGGCGACGAGUUCUACCUCAUGGAGGACAGCCGCCUGGUCUGCAAAGCCGACUACGAGACGGCCAAGCAGCGCGAAGCAGAAUCGACGGCAAAGAGGCCCCGCACCACCAUCACGGCCAAACAGCUGGAAACCCUGAAAAAUGCAUACAACAAUUCCCCCAAGCCAGCAAGGCACGUGAGAGAGCAGCUGUCCUCAGAGACUGGCCUGGACAUGAGAGUCGUGCAGGUGUGGUUCCAGAACAGACGGGCCAAGGAAAAAAGGCUAAAGAAAGAUGCGGGGAGGCAGCGGUGGGGGCAGUACUUCAGGAAUAUGAAACGGUCCCGAGGGAGCUCCAAGUCUGACAAGGACAGCAUUCAGGAGGAAGGGCCGGACAGCGAUGCCGAGGUGUCCUUUACAGACGAACCCACUAUGUCAGAAAUGAGUCACUCCAAUGGGAUUUACAGCAACCUAAAUGAAGCGUCUCCUGCUUUGGGGAGACAAGCUGGGACCAACGGCAGCUUCUCCUUGGAACAUGCUGGCAUCCCAGCCCAGGACCAGUACCACGACCUCCGAUCCAACAGCCCCUAUGGGAUACCCCAGUCGCCUGCUUCUUUGCAGGCCUUACCAGGUCACCAGCCAUUACUCUCAAGCUUGGUUUAUCCAGACAACGGUUUGGGCAUCAUGGCUCAAGGAGGACAAGGUGUUCCCCAGCCAAUGAGAGUCUUAGGUGGGAAUGGACCCAGUUCAGAUCUCUCCACGGGAAGCAGUGGAGGGUACCCAGAUUUCCCAGCAAGUCCUGCCUCUUGGCUAGAUGAAGUCGAUCAUGCCCAAUUUUGAUACAGGACCCAAUACAAGGGGGGCGGGGUGGGGAGGAAAAGGACUUUGGGCUACUGAGCCUCAGCUACUCCUGGGGCAAAAAAUAACUUCCGAGAGGUGAAGAAAAGAUAGUUACUUGGAGAAAGAAAGGCAGAUGUGCUCUCCGAAGGCAGCCCAGCAGUGGGUGAGCAAGAGACAAUAGACUGAGGGAUCACAUCAGAAGGACUGGCUUCAAAUCCAUCCCAGCAAAACUGGCCGUUGCGUCUACCGAACGGCGAGACUUGUGCUUUACAGAGCUGGUGAAGUGUGUUGCUUUCUGUUGUCAGUGCGUUCUCCGGAGCAAGGACUCACUUCAUCACUUACCCGCGCCCACGGCUUUUGUUUUAAAA